AUGAAGCAGAGUAUGAAGCACUACUCUUGGGGCUUAAAAUCUGCUAUGAAGCAGGGGAUAAACGGAGAAUUCGAAGCCAAAAAUGAUAGCAUGAAGAUGUAUUUGCAGCAAGUAAGAGAAUUUGUCAAGAAAUUUGACAAAUUCACAUUGGUUCACAUCCCAAGAUCCCAAAAUGCACAAGCCGACUCCCUGGAAAAACUUGUCAGUUCAACUGAAACAUCCGCGGCUCGUGAUAUCAUCUGCGAGGUGCUUCCUAACCCUAGUAUUAACUUCAUGGUCACUACCAUCGAUAGGUCAGAGACGUGGAUGGAACCCUACAUCAGACACUUGCAAAAUCAAACACUCCCCCAAGAUGAAAGUCAAGCAAAAGUACUCCAAACGAAGGCCAAAUGGUUCGAACUCCACAAAGGAACGCUCUACAAAAAAUCAUACACACAUCCCCUUCUUAAGUGUGUUUCCUCUGAAGAAGAAAACUACAUCCUUUGCGAAAUACGAAGGUGGAUGCGGAAUACACCAAGGUGCACGAACUGUCAUUGGCAAGAUCUCCUUGGCCCCUUCCCACCUUCGAAGGGACAACAAAAGUUCAUUAUCGUGGCCAAAGAUUACUUCACCAAGUAUGUUGAAGCCGAGGACCUUAGCUCCAUCACAGAAAAACAAGUCUGUCAGUUCCCAUGGCGAAAUAUCAUCACGAGAUAUGGCAUCCCUCGCGUAAUAAUUACAGACAAUGGAAGACAAUUCGUCAGUAAGAACACAAUAGAGCACUACGACAGGUUCAACAUUCAAAUCCGAUUCAGUUUAGUAUCUCAACCUCAAACCAAUGGCCAAGUCGAAUCGACAAACAAAGAAAUUCUGAAUGGCAUUAAAAAGAAAAUAGAAGGGGCAAAAGGAACUUGGGAUGAAGAACUACCCGGCAUUCUGUGGGCAAGUAGAACAACAAUUAAAGAAGCGACAGAACAUACCCCCUUUUCCCUGGUAUACGGGUCUAAAGCCAUACUUCCUGUAGAAAUCGGUAUACCCUCCACAAGAGUCACCUAUUACUCACAUAAUGAGAACGAUAAAAAAAAAAGAACAAAUUUGGAUUUGCUACCAGAAAUAAGGGGAAAUGCACUGUUAAGAUCGGUAGCCCAAAAACAGUAG